CCUCGUCUCCUACAAGAUGGCGAGCGGCGGCAGCGGCGGGGUGUCGGUUCCUGCGCUGUGGAGUGAGGUGAACCGUUAUGGCCAGAACGGCGACUUCACGUGUGCCCUCAAGACCACCAACAAGGUAUUGCAGAUCAACAAGGAUGACGUAACUGCCCUGCACUGCAAAGUUGUUUGCCUCAUUCAGAAUGGAAGUUUCAAAGAAGCCUUGAAUGUCAUCAAUACCCACACCAAAGUGUUAGCCAAUAUCUCCUUUGAGAAGGCAUAUUGCGAGUACAGGCUGAACAGAAUUGAAAAUGCCUUGAAGACAAUAGAAAGUGCCAACCAGCAGACAGACAAACUAAAGGAGCUUUACGGACAAGUGCUCUACCGCUUGGAACGGUAUGACGAGUGCUUGGCUGUGUACAGAGAUCUUGUCUGGAACUCGCAGGACGAUUAUGAUGAGGAACGGAAAACAAACCUGUCGGCAGUUGUUGCAGCGCAGAGCAAUUGGGAGAAGGUGGUUCCAGAGAACUUGGGUCUCCAAGAAGGCACACAUGAGCUCUGCUACAAUGCUGCCUGUGCACUGAUAGGGCAAGGCCAGCUGAACCAGGCCAUGAAAAUCCUACAGAAAGCUGAAGAUCUUUGUCGUCGUUCAUUUUCAGAAGAUUCUGAUGGGGCUGAGGAAGACCCACAGGCAGAGCUGGCCGUCAUUCAUGGUCAGAUGGCGUAUAUCCUGCAGCUGCAGGGUCGCACCGAGGAGGCGCUGCAGCUCUACAAUCAGAUAAUAAAACUGAAGCCAACAGAUGUGGCUCUACUUGCCGUAAUCGCAAAUAACAUCAUUACCAUUAAUAAGGACCAAAAUGUCUUUGACUCCAAGAAGAAAGUAAAAUUAACCAAUGCAGAAGGAGUAGAGUUCAAGCUCUCUAAGAGACAGCUGCAAGCCAUAGAGUUUAACAAAGCUUUGCUGGCUAUGUAUACAAACCAGGCAGAACAGUGCCGAAAAAUAUCUGCCAGCUUGCAGUCCCAGAGUCCUGAGCGUCUCUUGCCUGUGUUAAUCCAAGCUGCCCAGCUCUGCCAUGAAAAGCAACACACAAAAGCAAUAGAGCUGCUUCAGGAAUUUUCUGAUCAACAUCCAGAAAAUGCAGCCGAAAUCAAGCUUACCAUGGCACAAUUGAAGAUUUCUCAAGGCAACAUUUCCAAAGCUUGUCUCAUCCUGAGAAGCAUAGAGGAGUUAAAGCAUAAGCCAGGCAUGGUGUCUGCCUUAGUGACCAUGUACAGCCACGAGGAAGAUAUCGAUAGUGCCAUUGAGGUCUUCACACAAGCUAUCCAGUGGUAUCAAAGCCAUCAGCCCAAAUCCCCUGCUCAUUUGUCCUUGAUAAGAGAAGCUGCAAACUUCAAGCUCAAGUAUGGACCGAAGAAGGAGGCAGUUAGUGACCUAGAACAGCUGUGGAAGCAAAAUUCAAAAGAUAUUCACACCCUAGCCCAGCUUAUAUCUGCUUACUCGCUUGUGGAUCCUGAGAAGGCAAAGGCUCUUAGUAAACACUUGCCCUCGUUGGAUAGCAUGUCACUAAAAGUGGAUGUCAAGGCUCUUGAAAAUUCUCCUGGUGCUACGUACAUUCAGAAGAAGGGUGGAAAGGUUACUGGAGAUAAUCAGCCAAAGGAACAAGGACAGGGAGAUCUGAAAAAGAAGAAAAAAAAGAAAGGAAAGCUGCCUAAGAAUUAUGACCCAAAAGUCACCCCAGAUCCAGAAAGAUGGCUACCCAUGCGAGAACGGUCUUACUACCAAGGAAGAAAGAAGGGUAAAAAGAAGGACCAGAUUGGAAAAGGAACACAGGGAGCAACUGCAGGGACCUCCUCUGAACUAGAUGCCAGUAAAACUGUGAGCAGCCCACCCACCUCCCCAAGACCUGGCAGUGCAGCAACGAUAUCUUCCUCUACAAGUAACAUAGUGCCCCCAAGACACCAGAAGCCUGCAGGGGCCCCAGCAAUGAAAAAGAAACAGCAACAGAAGAAGAAGAAAGGAGGCAAAAGUGGCUGGUGAAGACGAUGUACUUGUCGCGGGCUGUUCUUAAUCCAGUGCCAGUGACAUUAGGAACAUAAUAAAGGUAACACAGCAAGA